AAGGUUCUACCUAGCUGGACACGACGUUGCACGGGCUUACCCCUUCUCCAGGCAGACAGUUCAUUAAGUUAGGCAUAGAUUUUCCAGACACGAAAAACUCGUCCUUUUGGGUCUUGAUGUGAUACCGUUAGUUGUACACAAGUUUCACGUCAUUUAAUGGUUUAUGCCUUUUGUCUGUCAGCACGUGGUUGUGGAAGAAUCGUGGAACUUAAGGCCUGAGCUACGGCUUUCAACUUCAGAACCAUUAUGUGAAGAAGAGGAAGAAGAAGAGGAAAUCCUGGGAUCAGAUGAUGAUGAACAAGAGGAUCCCAGAGAUUAUUGUAAAGGAGGUUAUCACCCAGUGAAGAUUGGUGACCUGUUCCAUGGUAGGUAUCAUGUGAUCAGAAAGCUUGGCUGGGGGCACUUUUCUACAGUAUGGCUUUGCUGGGAUCUCACUGCAAAGCGUUUUGUGGCCUUAAAGGUUGUCAAGAGUGCUUCCAAUUACACUGAUACAGCCCUUGAUGAAAUCAAGAUUCUCCGAUCUGUAAGAGAAAGUGACCCAGAUGAUCCCUACAGAGAAAAGGUUGUGCAGCUUCUUGAUGAUUUCAAGAUUUCUGGAGUGAAUGGAACUCAUGUAUGUAUGGUCUUUGAAGUUUUAGGACACAAUUUAUUGAAGCUUAUCAUUCGUUCGAGUUACCAGGGUAUACCUAUUGCGAAUGUAAAAACUAUUAUUAGACAGGUGUUGGAAGGACUUGAUUACCUCCAUUCCAAAUGUAAAAUUAUUCACACUGAUAUAAAACCUGAAAAUAUAUUGCUUGCAGUAGACGAAUCAUAUGUGAGAAGACUAGCAUACGAAGCAACUCAGUGGCAGAAGAUGGGUGUCAGGCUUCCUGGUUCGUUAGUGAGUACAGCACCCAGAGGUUUUCGGGGACCUGAUCCUAAUGCUAAAAUGUCCAAAAAUAAGAAGAAGAAAUUGAGAAAAAAGGCAAAACGGCAACAAGAAUUGUUAGAAAUACAAAUGCAACAGCUAGAAGCUUUAGAAAUGGAACAGCAUCAGGUAGAGAACGAAGAUGGAAAUUGUCAACAGGACUACAGAGAUACGGUGAUUACAAAUAACAGCAACUCAGAAAGAGAUGAUUUCAAUGUGAUGGUUAACGAAAAGAAUUCAGUCAUCCAGUCAAAUAACUUGUUGCCAACCAAUGACUCUCUCAAUUGGCAGAACAGCUCCAAUGUUCCCAAACUUUCCAUUUCAUACGAAGAAAUACCAAAUGGGCAUGAAGAAAGCCCAUGUGAUCUUCUAGAUCCUGAAGGAGCCACUAGGGGGAGAUUGGAACGGUCAGAAAGCACAUUGACACCAUCAACCCAGGAUAAACCUAGAGAAACUGGAAUGAGACGCGUAGCAUCCUGUCCAGAACAACGAGUAGAUAAGAAUCCAGACCCUGUGAUGGAAAUAUGUGACAUUCCUGUGAAGAUAGCUGACCUUGGCAAUGCUUGUUGGGUGCAUCACCACUUCACUGAAGACAUUCAAACUCGGCAGUACCGCUGCUUGGAAGUCUUGCUAGGGGCUGGGUAUGGUCCUCCCGCCGAUAUUUGGAGCACUGCUUGUAUGGCUUUCGAGCUGGCUACUGGUGACUUUCUUUUUGAACCCCAUUCUGGUGAGGACUACUCCCGAGACGAAGACCACCUUGCCCAUAUUAUCGAGCUCUUAGGGGAUAUCCCAAAACACAUUGCUUUCUCGGGACGAUAUUCGCGAGAGUUCUUCACUAAAAGAGGAGAGCUUCGGCACAUUACAAAGUUGAAACCUUGGGGACUUGCAGAAGUUCUUACAGAAAAGUAUGACUGGGAUGUCUCGGAAGCUCAAUCUUUCACCGACUUCUUGACACCGAUGUUAACCUACGAUCCCAAUCUGCGAGCCAAAGCCAGCGACUGUCUGAAACACACGUGGUUGAAAUCUUGAUUGUCGGUCUGUGUAGUCUUUGUUUCUCUUUAUGCUCCUCCUAACGUGGGGAAUUUUUUUUUAGUUCUGUGGAUUCCUCAUACAUGUAGCCAUCCACAUCUUUAGUGCUCUGGUAUUUUUGCUCGAAAGAGGAUCAUCGUGUUUUCAAGCUACGGCCUUUGAUUCCCCCAUGCAGGAUCUCAGAAUAAUGUAUUUAAGACUACUUCCCCACGAGUGCACCUCUUGGACUCUUGACUAAGUAUGUGGACGUGUGUAUGUGUGUGUGUGAUAUUGUGCAGUACUCUGGAUAACAGUGAUCUUGUCUCUUGUUGAAUGGUGCUGUCCAACCCUGUAGCAACCAUUGCUAACAAAAAACAAUACAAGAAUUUAGCAGCAUUAGGUUAAAAGUCCUUGCAGCACACCCAAUAAUAUAUAUAUAUAUAUAAGUACCUUUGUUGUGUUCUGUUCUAAGUUUACAAAGUAUUUGGAUAGCUAAAUUGAGAAAAUAGUAGCUGAACAAAAGAUGAGUUUUAAUUUUUAAAUUAAAAUAAUUAUUAAUUUCUUAUAGAGCAUUCUAAAGAUAUUUUAAGUUUCAGGUAAUUUUGAACUUUGUGCAUAUUCUUCAAGUAUUUCUUAUCUUGUUUCUCUAGUGGAAUUUAGCUAAAGAAAAACUGUCUUGUAGAGUUAAAUCUUCAAGAAAGAAGACACUAAAACAACUGUUUAUUCUCUCAAUAAAGAA